ACUGAACCCUGCUAUGCCAAAACAACACAAGAGCCUUUGUGCUAUCUAACCCCGCUACCAUUUAGCUCUAUCACUUAUCUCUCUCUCUCCAGAGAAACGUGUACACAUGCUCGACACACAUACUCAUGAGAACAUACACAGACAACCCCUACACACUUAUAGGCUGUGGUGACUGUUUGAAUUGCACUAUAGAAGAACUGUACCAAUGCAUGCUGGUCUAGACUGCUGCUUACUAUAUCAACUCUUCUAAGACAGAAUUAGCUAUGAUUUCAUACGCCUUAUUUGAGCUGUUUGAUGUUAAAUGGUGGUUGAUUAUCAUUCCUGUUCUCUUGAUUCUUAUCGAUUAUAUUUGGAACAAAAAUCCACCUAACUUUCCUCCAGGACCGCUGCCUUUGCCUUUUUUGGGAAAUGUCUUCACAGGAGUUGACUAUACAACUAUGGACAAGUUGGCAGAAGAAUAUGGGGAUAUUUUCAGUCUGCGGAGAGGCAACACUAAAAUAGUGUAUGUUUCUGGAUAUAAGAUGGUAAAGGAAGCUCUUGUCACUCAAGUGGACAGCUUUGCACGUUGUGUUACACCUCUGUUUGGUGAAAUUUAUGGAGGGAGUGGCCUGUCAUUCAGCAAUGGCUACUCAUGGAGGAAGCAGCAGCAGUUUGCUGUUAGCCACCUGAAGAACUUUGGAGAGGGGAGAAAGACUCUGGAACACCACAUCCAGCGAGAGUGUCAUUUCCUCUGUGAGGCAUUCAAAGAGGAACAGGGCCGUCCAUUUGACCCUCUGGUCAAAAUCAAUAAUGCAGUGGCAAAUGUGAUUGGCACCCUGGUAUUUGGUCAGCGCUACGAAUACGAUGACAUUCAGUUCCAGAAACUUCUACAUAUGAGUGCAGAGUCUGUGCACCUUACUGGCUCUGUGUGGAACGAGUGGUAUGAUGCAUUCCCAAGCAUAAUGAACAGGAUACCAGGACCACAUCACACUAUAAUCACAAACUACCGCAGACUUGCAGCCUUUCUCAAAGAGAAGAUUGAGAAACACAAACUGGACUGGGACCCAAAUGAGCCUCGAGAUUACAUUGACUCCUACUUAGCAGAAAUUGAGAAGAGGAAGAACGACAAAGAGGCCCGGUUUGACUUGGAUAACCUGGCAUGGUGCACGGUGGAUCUCUUUGAGGGAGGAACAGGAACAACUACCACCACCUUACGCUGGGCUCUUCUGUACAUGAUGAAAUAUCCACUGAUGCAGGUGAAGGUCCAAGAGGAGAUUGACCGCGUGAGUGGACGAUCACAUUUACCCACUUUGGCAGACAAGGCCAGCAUGCCAUACACCAAUGCUGUUCUUCAUGAGGUGCACAGGAAAGGCAAUAUUGUCCCACUAAACAUGUCCAGGGUGGCAAUAAAAGACACUACACUGGGGAGCUACUUCAUUCCGAAGGGAACAGUGAUGAUCACCAACCUCUCCUCUGUGCUGCAUGAUAAAAAAGAAUGGGAAACACCAGAUACCUUCAAUCCAGGACACUUCCUGAAUUCAGAGGGCCAGUUCCGCAGGAGAGACGCUUUCUUUCCAUUUUCCGCAGGUAAAAGGCUGUGUCCUGGGGAAUAUUUGGCUCGUGUGGAACUCUUCCUCCUCUUCACCAUCCUCUUACAGAACUUCACUUUCUGUCCUCCUCCUGGGGAAGAGCCCAGUCUGGACAGUCAUCUCGGCUUCACGCAGGCCCCAAUGCCUUACAAGAUCUGUGCCAUCCCAAGAUAAGGAGAUAAAGCCAUGUACAGACAAGAGGUGGGAAGAGUAACCUAAACCCCUACCUUAGUAAACGGAUGUCUAAGACCACUAGUGAAAGUGGUUCUAUUUUUCAUUCCUUUCUAUUUUAAGGUUUUUUAAUGUGAUGUACAAAUGAUGUUAGCAGCAUAACAGUUUCAGUGAAAAGUAGAAUCUUUGAAUGCUUACAUACAUUUUCAGAAUUUCAGAAUAUGUCAAUCGUUCGCUCUAAUGACAGUGUGCAUUCAAGCUGGCACUGACUCCACGGGUUUGUGCAAAGGCCUCUGACGAGCAGGUCAAAUUAAGUCUGAACAUGAGCUUCAAUAGAAGAGACAAGAAAAAAAUGAUCUUUUUGUACAAAGGCCUUAUACAGUGUCAUUUCAAUUUGAAUAGUGACCUAGAAAUAGUGCACAAUCUUGAAUAUUUCUUCUACAUUUUAUAUGUAUCAAUUUUCUUUGUUUUUAAUGUUUGAAAAAAUCUAAAACAUUCUGUUGUUUGUUUCAAAGUAAAAAAAAAUGAUUCUCAAUAUGGUCUCAGAUUUUUGGACCCCACUGUAUUUGAAGUAAUGAAUUAAGUAAAAAUAAAUGUACUUUUCCAAACAAACAACUUGAGUAGAAGUACAAAGUAGUGGGUCAAAAAAUUGCACUGAAUACUUACAGAACUGCAGAACAUCUUAUUACAUCCAGCAUCUAUCUGCACAUAGGAAUCGAAGUCUGAUAGACUCUGUUCUUCUCUUUUUGAUGCACAGUUGGUGAAAAAUGAAAGACAAACCUCAAAAGUGGAAAGAUGAUGUAUAGAAAAAAUGCAUGGUGCUUAUCAAAGUCAUCAAAAGUGAAGACUAUAAAUGAGAACUGUACUAUAAAUGAACCGUACUUCAUUUUUUUCAUUUUGGUUCUUGCUAAUGAUAAAUAGAUAUGCAAAUAAUAUACUACACAACUCACUGUCCUAAUGAACAUUUGAACAAUGAUCAUUUUUAUAGUUCUAUGCCACAUUUUUCUGUCCUUUUCAUUUUUUUUUCUGUGGUCCACUUAUGACAUUUGUGUAGGUUUAUGUACCAAAAACAGGGCAUCAUUUGUUUUUACAGGACCUUUUUUCAAUCUCUCCAUUCAUUAGAAUUAAACAGAAAUAUAUUUGUAAAUGAUCUUCUAAAGAUCUUUUUAAUUGGCUGUCCUGUAUUGUGCUUCAUUCAGAAAACAGUCUGGGCAGAAACAUUCCUUAUAACUUCAAUGUAAAUGGGCAGGACGAAGCUGCUGUAGACUGAAUAUGCUGUGUUGGUUUUUGUGACAUCCCAAAAAAAAAUGGAUUUCAAUGGGCCAUUUUUGCAGCUUAGUUUCUAUAUAUGGACUGUAUGGACUGGAGUGAACUUUUACCAUUUAUUGCAUACUAAGUUAAAAUCUUAUUUCAAUAGAGCAAGGAAAAUUGAAGGGAUUUUUAAAUGAUAUGGGCCCAAUAAAUGUAACACACCUAGUGAUUACAUGACGUAAAGACACCUGCUCUUUUUAAAGGGUGUAAAAACAAAACAAAAACAAUAACACUUAUAUUCACAGUCACAACAGCAACAAUAUUGCUGUUGUCUGAACAAAACAUUGUAUCUCCAAAAUGGUAACUUUACAGGAAAAGCAAAAACAUACAUUAGUUUUAAUGUAAGUCAAUGGAACCAGAUUUUCCAUGUAAUUUUGGGACAUUUCUUUUGAUCCUUUCAUCAUGAAAUUUACACACAAUGUAAAGAGAAACAGGCACUUUCAAAUUAUGUCAAAAAUUGAAAUGUGACAAAAAUGGAGAUACAAGGUUUUCUUCGGACAGCAGCUAUGUGUGGAUGUAUAGAGAAAAUCCCACAGGUACACACAUAUAUGAGCCCAUAGCCCGAACCUGAAAUCUAUGAAAACAUUUAAAAUAAUUCACUGUAUCUGUUAACUUUUAUUUCAUCUUUUAAAACUUAGCUGAAGACUUUCUUCUUUAUUUAAUUCAAUUCUUCUUUUCUACUUUACAUAUACAUAUUGUCGCUGUUGGAACAAAAGCUUGUAUCUCCAAAAUCAUAAUUUUACAGGAGAAGGCAAAAACAUUCUUCAAUUUCUAUCUUGUUUUUGUGUGGGUUAUUUCUUGUGAAGUGGCCAUGAUGUAAAUAACAGUAAUCAAACAAACAAAUAAAGCAUAUUCAAAUGAAAGCACAGUAUCUUA